UCUGUUUUAGAUAAGUUCUCUCUCAUGAAAAAAUAGUUUCUCUAUUUUUUAAAAUUUUUUUUUGAAUUACUGCAAUUUUAUGGGUUUCAUUUCUGAGUUUUGCAGUUUAUGCAUAUUUGGUUUGGUAGCUGUGUUCCUAAUAUAAUAGCGAAAUCAGGGGGAGGAGUUUUUGAAUUUGUUAGAAUUUUGCUUUUUUUUAUGAGCUAGGACUAUGGUUGGGGCCUAUGUUGGGGUAGAGCUUAAAUUUGAUAAUUGAUUUGGGAAUUGUGUAAGUGGUCGAUUUAACUUCGUCUAAAUUUUUUUGAGCUGUUUUGGUAUUUGUAUUUCCACUAAAUAUCGGGGGAAACAUGGUAUUUUUUCAGAUGUGGUUCUCCACGAGGUCUUGAUAAAUCGAUAAGUAAUUAGAUAUUAGUUUCGUAGUGCUUUAUGGAAUCAUUUAAGACUUCUUGAUAGUGUAUACUGUUGAUGAUAAAGGGGAUAUUUAAAUUGCUAUAUAAGGUUGUUUUGGAGUUAGUAACAAUACAUUUACCUAUUUUAUUUAAUAUACUUUUGAGUAUCAAAUGAUUAAACAAAAUCAACUAAUAAAAUUUAUUGCCAAUAGAAUUCCACAUUAAUAUAAAUUCCAAUUAUUUGGAAUAAUCCUAAGUUUAGCAUAGUUGUCAAGUUAAUUUUGCAUGGUCAUGGUCUCGUGCAUGUUUGCUUCACUGGAAUCUGAGGCGCAUCAAGUUGUGAUUUUGUUCUGUUUUCUUCUUGAUGUAGUGAAGUGAUUGAGAGGGAUUGAUUGGAGUUGGUCACUUUUCUCAAGCAGGUGGCAAAUAGCCAGAAAACAAGGGCAGCACGCAUCAUCCUAUGAACUUACAUCCAAGUUAAGUAUUGUUAAUUAGGUGACCCAGCACAUAGCUGCUAAUUACCAUCCAACAGCUGAACUAACUUGACCUUUGGAAGGUAUGUUGGGAUAAGUUCACCCACAACCGUAAUACUAAAGGAGUAAAGAGGGAGAGCAUGGUUGUAUCUGGGUCACAAUCAUGGCUACCUGGUCCAUUUGGGCUUGGGUUUUCGGCUCAGAAGUUGGGUCCCAGUCCCAUGAAUUUGAUCGUCUCUGCCACUUCUCUGCGCUUGGGCCAUAUGCUUCAUUUCCGCCUUGAACCUCUUGUUGUUUCCUACUUUCAGAAACUGGGUGAUCUCAAUAAUGUGCAUAAAUUAAAGGAUACUUUAUCACAAACAUGGCGUUGGCAUUGGUUUGACUUCUUUGAUGGAGGAAGAAAGAGAAAGGACUCAGGAAACCUUGGGAUGUCUUACGCCAGCAAAUCUAAUACUAUAACUCCUUUCAGUGGGAGGCCGUGGACCAAUAUACUUCUUGCUUUAAAUGUUGUAAUUUAUGUGGCACAGAUUGCAACACAAGGAAAGCUACUGUUAUGGGGAGCCAAGAUAAAUAGUCUGGUGGAUAAAGGGCAACUCUGGAGGCUGGCCACGUCUGCCUUUUUGCAUGCAAAUAUUGGACACCUCAUGGUUAAUUGUUAUUCUUUGAACUCAAUUGGCCCUGCUGUGGAAAAGAUCAGUGGUCCUAGGAGAUAUCUUGGAAUAUACAUUUCCUCUGCAAUUGCAAGUUCAGCAAUGAGUUAUUGGUUAUGCAAGGCACCUGCCGUUGGUGCUUCAGGAGCAAUUUUUGGAUUGGUUGGAUCUUUUGCUGUCUUUGUGAUUAGGCAUAGAGGCUUGGUUGGAGGUGGGAAAGAAGAGCUACAGCACAUAGUUCGUAUAGUUGCCAUAAACAUGGUUAUUGGGCUAUUAUCCAGAGGGAUUGAUAACUGGGGACAUGUAAGUAUAAAAGCAAUACUAAAUUUUCAUUUAUCACGGGACAAUCAUAGUUCAUAUGUAAGUACAAAAUUGACUGGAAUAUCACACCGAAAAAAAUUUCAAGAGAGAGUGAGGGAGGGGAAGAGUAAUAGCCAAUUGCAAGUGUGCAAUAACUUACAAUGUGAACCAAAGAUUGUUGAACUAAAUGAAUGCGUCUUUUCCCCUUCUUUCUACUAUUACUUUUCAUAACAUUUUUCUUUUAUUCACUUUCUGAGAUUAAUUGAAGUCCCAAGGUAAAACUUUGAUGUUUGUUACUUUUGCAUAGUUAAUGUUGAAGUUAUAUACAUAGAACAUAUGCCAUAAUGUAAAGUUGGAUGCAAAAUAUCGUUGUAAAUUUGCAGUUCCAAAGUUCUUUUAUAUUGAUGGCUGUGGACUGUAUUAGAAUCCUUGGUAUAGCUAUUCUGAUAUAUUAGAGGGAAUCAAAACAAAAGAACCGUUGUAGAGUUUUUAGUAGAUUAAGAUUAUAUUUGCAUGUCAAUGAUAUUAUCUGCUCGGUUAUUUGUUGUCA